AGGAAUAAGAACACUGAAUGCUCCAGGGAAACUUCUUGGCUGACUUCAAAAUGUUUGAUAAAGAGACACAUAAAAUUUGAGUUUUCUCAGUCCCGAAUCUUCAGCACUAAACUGCAUAACUGUAGCGGGCUCUUAACCAUGUAUUUAAUUGCAGUUCUGCUCUAAAUUAUAAGGACUUCUGUGGGGGAUUCUCCACCUCAGAUUCAGAACAGAGUCAGUAUUGUCUGCUGCUGCUGUUCUGCUUUCUGAAUAGUGAAAGGCAGUGAGCCUUUUGAUGCCCUGUGACAGUUCUGCUCUGCAAAGAAAUUUCUUGAUAGCUAUAAAAGUGUAAUAUAAAAAAUAUCAGCCUUGGCAAAUAGGGCACUUUAAGGGUUUUAUUGUGAGUAUAGCUCUCCUGUGCUUUUUGAGGAAAGGACGAUUGGGAAAAUUCUGCACACAAUUCUGAAGGCUUGGGCAAUUAUUUUUUUCCUUGGAGAUGCAGAAGCUAGAUUGCUAUAUUAAGAAGCUAGAUUUUUUUAUUAUUAUUAUUAUUUAUUUUUUUCCCUUCUGCUUGGAAAGUACUGUCUUUAAGCAGAAAACCAGACCAUAGGGGAAUUUUUCAAGCCAAACAGUAAAGUUGCUAGAGAAUUUAGGGACUUCCAAAGCUGUGAAGCUGCCGAGUGUGGUACCUGUAUCAAAACUAUGGAUUUAGGUGUUUAGGUACUUUCUAGUUCUCUUUCUUGCUUUUCUUUAAACAUGCUAGUAUUUUGUUCCAUCACAAAACAAUAUUGAGCUAGAUGCUCUCAAAAUAGAUCUAGGCAAUGUGUGAAAUGUGAAAAAAAAGUGUGAAAUAAUAGGUGUAAUUAUUAUUUUACAAUAGACUGAAUAAUAUGCUAUGGAAAAAGUAUUGUUAGAGCUCUAGCACGUGCAUACUUUCAGAAGACGCCAGAUCCCUCCAAAAAUGCAAGUGAUUUUUAUUCAGAUCCUUGAGAAGAAAAUGGAAGGAUAAGAAAUAGGAGUCUUCCAAUAUCUACUAAAUCUAUGACAUUGCUACUUAUUUUUUCUAUAAAUUAUACACAUGGAAAUCUGGCUCUUUUAUUUAUUUGUCUGUUUGUUUGUUUAUGAGCAGCUGGCUUUUUGCAGUAAUAAUUUGGCCUGUAGAUACAUUUUCUUCAUCUUGUGCAAUAGGAUUAGUUUAUUCCAUCUUGGCAUUUUAACCCCACUCUUCUUGCUGGAAUUCAGGGAUUUUUUUUUUUCUACCAGUCUAGUUUUCUGGCCUAACAUUAAUUUGAUUACUCUGUGUCAUGCUUCUUCCAAGAAUCAUUGCAGCACAAGCGGGCCUUUGAAGAGACUUGCUGUCACUGUACUACUUGUGGAUCACAUCCGGAUGGCUAAAGGUGAAUUCAGAAUGUUACAGACAGUACCAGCCAUUCGUUUAAAGAUGCAGCAGCAUAAACUGCAAGGACAAAGAAAUUUGCAUCUACAUUUAGAUACAUUCAAAAUGUUUUGUGGUGGGAAAAAAUCAUACUUUGCUGCCACUGUGUGCAUUAUUACUCUAACUUCAAUGGUCGCAUUUUCAUAUCUGAGAUUACAGAGACUUGCUCACCUGCCAAAAAUAAUACAGGAAGGUAGAAGAUGUAGAGGGGAAAUUACAAAUAACACAAUAACGCCAUUAAAGGAUAAAAGAACUUUUAUUAUAUCCCCAUACUUUGAUGACAGAGAAAGCAAAGUCACUCGUGUGAUUGGGAUUGUUCACCAUGAAGAUGUAAAAGAACUAUACUGCUGGUUUUGCUGUCAGCCCCAUGGACAGAUAUACGUAUCAAAAGCAAAAAUUGAUGUUCACUCAGAUAGAUUUGGAUUCCCUUAUGGUGCGGCAGAUAUAGUUUGUCUGGAACCUGAAAACUGCGAUCCAACACAUGUAUCAAUUCAUCAGUCUCCACAUGGAAAUAUUGACCAGCUGCCAAGGUUUGACAUUAAAAACCGCAAGGCUGAGACCUUCUCUGUUGACUUCACUUUAUGUAUCUCUGCCAUGUUUGGAAAUUACAACAAUGUCUUACAGUUUAUACAGAGUAUGGAAAUGUACAAGAUUCUUGGGGUACAGAAAGUGGUAGUCUAUAAGAACAGCUGCAGCGAGCUGAUGGAGAAAGUCUUGAAGUUUUAUAUGGAAGAAGGAACUGUGGAGAUAAUUCCUUGGCCAAUAAACUCAUACCUCAAGGUUUCCUCUAAAUGGUACUUCAUGCAGGAUGGAACACACAUUGGCUACUAUGGGCAAAUCACAGCUCUAAAUGACUGUAUAUACCGUAACAUGCAGAGGAGCAAGUUUGUGGUUCUUAAUGAUGCUGAUGAAAUAAUUCUUCCCCUUAAGCACCCAGACUGGAAAACAAUGAUGAGCAGUCUUCAGGAGCAAAAUCCAGGCACUGGCAUUUUCCUCUUUGAGAACCAUAUCUUCCCAGAAACCGUAUCCACUCCUGUGUUCAACAUUUCAUCUUGGAAUACCGUGCCAGGUGUUAACAUACUACAGCAUGUGCACAGAGAACCUGACAGGAAAGAGGUGAUCAAUCCCAAGAAAAUGAUAAUUGAUCCAAGAAGGGUGAUUCAGACGUCCGUCCACUCUGUCCUACGCGCUUAUGGGACCAGUGUGAAUGUUCCAAUGGAUGUGGCCCUCAUUUAUCACUGUCGAGUGCCCCUUCAAGAAAAUCUUCCCAGAGAAUCCCUCAUCAGGGAUACGACACUGUGGAAAUAUAACUCAUCAUUAAUCACAAAUGUUAACAAAGUGCUACAUCAAACAGUACUGUAAGCUCAAAAGCAAAACUUUGUCUAUAAGGAGGGAAAGUGGAGAGUUGUCUAUGUCCCAGGGAGACAUAGGAUAUCAUUCAAAGAUCACAUUAAAAAUCUCUUGCACCUGAAGAUUACAUCCUGUAAAGCUUUGGGAGACCAGCCCUUUUAUGUACCAUCCAAAUGUAAAGGCAUUUUAGCUGUGAAAUGAAACAUGGUACCUUGUAAAAAUUGGCUGAGUGCUGAUGAAGAGUUGGAUUCCUCAGAUGAAGUCUGUGCUGCAACCUUCUUAGAUGGAAGAGCUGAGGCGUAGUGAGAU